UGAAGAGUCCUAAGUUUCAAGAUGGACGAUUGCAACCUUGAGAAGCUUGGAAUUAAACCAGGCAAAAUUGCACCCGCUUUUCACCAGGACACUUUAGAGUAUAGUUCAACAAUUCCAAGCAAUGUUGCAGAAGUUACUCUAGAUCUUUUAACCAGAGACACGGGGGCCUCUUAUACAAUUUCAGGGAGUGGAGGAUCAAAGAAAGUCCCAGUGAAAGAAGGAGCAGUGACUGAUAUUAAAAUUGAUGUGUGUGCUGAAGACGGUAAAACAACCAAAGUGUAUAUCAUCCAUGUAAAACGACUUUCUGCAAAAGAUGCUACUCUUUCCAGUCUCAAGUUAGAUGUUGGAACUGUUGUACCAGAGUUCAGUCCUGAAACCUAUGAAUAUACAUGUUUGUUAGCCUGCAAUGUUAAUGCUGUUAAAGUGACACCUACCCCACCAGAUGCUAAGAAUGUUGUGACUGUAAAUGGUGAGAAACCAGGAUCUCCAACCACACUGAAUGUUGGGAGUACAAAUAUUAUAGUGGAGGUCACUUCAGAAGAUGGCUCCAACAAACAAAAAUACUGCAUCUGUGUUACACGCAAGCAACUCCCUCGCCAUGUUAGAAUUGAGGAUACAGCCCUUGCUUUGCAAUAUGAAGACCCCAUUUCUCUUAGCACUUUGUACAGACCAAUCACAAUUAGGAACAGUGAUCCAAAACACACAUUUUCUGCACCAAUCAUAGAUGAGUUUACAAAGACAUCCAAAUUUGAUCCAAUCAAUGAUACACCUUUAGAAGCUGAUUGGAGAAUAGAGGAUUUCGAGCUUGAUAAAAAAUUGAGUGCAACAACUGCAUCUGUACCUUUAACAUAUGGUGGUAAAUCUGAGAGUUGCAAGUUUUCUGAUCUUGGUGCCCAGAUUGCAAAAUGUAAUGUGACCCCUAAAGUAGAGGACCCUAAAGACAGGUUCAAGGAUAUAAAUGCACCAGUAAACCAUAAAGUUGAGCAACGUAAAUGGGAGAAGAGUUUACAACAAGUUUUUGGAGAGACAAAUGCUGAUAAACUUGUCACAACUGCCAAAGAAGAAUUGAAAAAUUAUUUUUCUGCACUGCCAAAGCCAAAUAGUACAAGACAAUGGCCUGAUGGAGAGUCACCGAUGGAUUACCUGCAGCAAGCCAUUCAUUGUUACGCUACUGCAGUAAAACUUAAACCUAAAGAUGCCAACUUUCAUUUACAGCUAGGAAUGUUGCUAGAGGAAAAAUACUAUAUUGAGGAUAUAUUUGGUUUGAAGAAAGAGAGUCAUGAUGAUGUACCUUCUUUAAAUCUGCAAGCAUCAGAGAGUUCUAAAGAUGAUGAAUGUAAUGCUAUAUGUAAGCUACAUGGGGUAGACCCCACGGCACCCCUCCCCUUGCAGCUUAAAGCUAUAGACAUGGAGUAUCACAGUUUAAUCAACUCGGGCAAGUCGUCAGGUGCCGAUCAUGUUAUGGAACUGUAUCAAUGGAAAUCAAAACAAGCAUCACAGGAAGGUGCAGCUGCCCAGAAAGCAACUGAUGAGGAAUCGCCCCUCGGUCAAGCUUACCUUAAAUACAUGGAUGCUCUAGCUUGUGAUGAGGCUAAGGCUUUAUUUAAUUUCCAUGUCGGUCGUAUGUUGGUGGUGCAGGGUAACUAUGACGAUGCUGUAAAAAGGUUGGAAACAAGUUUAAACUGGAAUUCUAACCAUCAACUUUCAAGGUUUUAUUUAGGACUAGCUCUUGCCUUGAAGAAGGAUGGACCAGGGGCUAGAGUUAAGGAGGGUGUCCUGUAUCUUCUAGAAGCAUUUGAAACAUUAAUGACAGAAAGGACAAAGCAGGCCAUGAGUCAUGAACCUGAAAGUUAUAUUGUCCCGAUAUUGCGAGCAGAAAACCUGAUGCAGCCAACUAAUGUUCAUCUGAUGAGAGGGUUUAUUCAACUUGGUCGGUUAUUAAAACAAAAUACAGAUAUCAAGGAAGCAAUGUCACCUGAAGAUUUAUAUCAUAAUGCAGCAUUACUAGCUACACAGAUGUUGCCAUUUAUUGCACGAGGUGACAUGUACAGGCAAUUAGAAUGGGUCAUUCUUGAUGCACAUGCUAAUCUUUUAGAGAUCUUGUCAGCCAAUCAAUCAGCCAAUGCCAAGCUGAUUGUUCAGAGAUGUGAGAGAUUAUCAGCUCUUAUUACACAUUCAAUCAUACCACAAAAUGAUCAACUACUGGCAUUACAAGAAAAGACCUGUCAGCAACUGAUACAGAUUACCCCAUGUUCUAGUCAUGCACUUUACCUGCUGGGUUCCUCACAGUUUGCUCGUUUUGAGAACACGCCCCCAGGUGAUGAAGGUGCCAAGCUUCUUAGUGAUGUAAAAUCAUCAUUCCAAACAUCUAUUAACCUAGAGGGAAAACAAGCAUCAGGGGAUGUUCCAGACACAAUUAAAAAUCAGCAAUGGUGGCAGGAGAAAGUUCGGAUGGAAGAAGAGAAGAAGAAAGCUGAGGAGGCCAAAAAUGCUCCUGCUAAGGCACCAGCAGGUAAAGCUGGAGCUCCUGCGGCCAGAGGAGGUGCAGCUGCAGCUAGAGGUGCCCCAGCUGCCCGGGGGAGAGGUGCUCCUGCACCUGCAGCAAGAGGGGCCCCAGCAGCAAGAGGCGCAAAGGCAGCGCCAGCAGCACGAGGAGCACCGGCUAAGGCUCCAGCAGCAAGAGGGGCACCAGCCGCUAGAGGAGCAGCAGCCAAGCCAGGAGCCAAAGCACCUGCACCAGCAGAACCCCCAAAACAGGAAACCCCGCCUCCAGUAGAGGAGACGCCUAAACCAGCAGCAUCUGCAGGCCCCGCCCCAAUCAACAGAAAGUCAUACCAUCCCCGUCUUGGAUUGGCUAGAGCAUACAGGGCUGCUGGUGAGAUCCCAGAUUCCCAGAAAUAUUACAAUGAGGUCAUCACAAUGUCACCUGAGGUUCAUGAUGCAUAUAUUGAGUUAGCAGAAAUGUUGUUGAAAACAGAUCCUCUGUCAGCUGUUGAUGUGUAUUGUAAAUUCCCUGUGUCAGAAAAACCAUCAUUUGAUGAUGCCUACAUAUUUGGUGAUAUUGUUAGACUACUGAUAAAAGCAGAAAAGUUUGAUGACCCAAGACUGUGUCCUAACAUGAUUACAUAUGGCAAAAUUCUUGGUUUAGGAGCAUUGGAGAAGUAUGUGAAGAUACUAGAAGAGAAAUAUAAAAAUGAGACAUUAAGGAAAGUUUAUGCUGGUGUCAAUGGCAGAGAUGUUGAUGACCCUGAUAUGCAGGCAUUCUUCAAGUUUAAAUGCUGGAUAUAGUUGAAACCAUAGAUAGAGACAAUCUUCUUUCAGAUUAGAAAGUUCUUCUUUGACAAAUAUAUAAAGCAUUUAAUAGUCAUUGAAUUGAAGAAGGAAAAGCAAUGCCAAAGACCAAUGUUUGUUUAACCAGAGACUGAUAAUUUGACUGUUGGUUGUAUAAAAGAGUUCCAUCAUUUAUAACACAUUCACAUCACCCUUUCUUGCUUUCUAACUGGAAUACAUAAAACCUUCACUUUACCUGACUAUAACAUUUGUCUUCUGCUUCUGGAAUUCUCCCUUUUGAUUGGGCUACUUUUCAAAUAUUACUAACAAGAGUUCACCAAAACUUGAUAGUAAAGAUAUCUACCAAAAAUAACCAAUAUUAACUGUAUGUUCCUUUCAUUGUUUUCCCACCAACUUAAGACUCUUCAGUGCCUCCUCAUUCGUGUCAGCUGCCAUUGGGUCGAGACUAAAAUUAUCGUAAUUCCCAGCAUUGGUGAAAAGUGAUUUAGCUUUGUAUUUAUGUAAUCAACUUUGAAGUUUGCAUGUAGAUGGGUAUAAAAAAAAAGUAAUCGUAUGGGUACAAAUGUUUACAAAUUAAUUUCUGUGUUAACAAAAGGGUAAAUCUCAUUACAUGAAACAAUUAUAUAUAAGUACCUAUUCCCAAUACAUAAAUCAUUAUAGUUUUGCAUGAUGUAAAGAUCAUGUUAAGGUAUUUUUUAAUGUAUACAUGUUUUCCUUGGUAAUAAACUGAAAUAACUUAUUAUUGAAGGCAGCAUAGCCAUUGACUGUGAUAGUAUGUUUUUCUGUGAUAUAUAUCAAAUACUUGAUGAUGAUUUUGUCAUAGUAUAUCUAUUAUGUUAUAAAGUAUUUCCAGGAAAUCUAAUCAACUUGAUUACUAUGCUGAAUAUUUGUUUCAAGACAAUAAAGAUUGAAAUGGU